GGUGGGGCCUAAGUUAGCGCUGUUCGGCCGGGGUACACCGGGCGCUGCCCAGUCUGGCUCUGGCGCCGCCAGUUGCGGACGCGUCCCGCUGCAGUCGCUGCCGCGUGCCUCUGCUCCUCCGCCUGACCCGGGCUAUCUGCCCGCAGCCAUGAGCGUGCUCGGCCCCGGUGGAGCCCGCUGUCCUCUAGAUUAGUCCCCGCCGCCGUCCCGGACCGGUCUGCAGCAUGGAGUCGCCAGCCUCGAGCCAGCCCGCCAGCAUGCCCCAGUCCAAAGGAAGAGGAGAGGAUGUUUUUGGUGCGUCGGAGUUUCAGCAGGCUGUGUUGUGAGAGAUUUCCAAACCGGACAUAGCUGUAAUGAAUGGGCUGCCUCACCCCAGCAAGCUCCCUGGUGUCUCUGGGUCUCAGUUUUCUUUUCUGUAAAUUGGAAGUCAUCACACCUGCUUCUGUGGACGCGGGAGUGGGGUGUGGGGUGGUGAAUGCUAAUGAGCUCUGAGGCGUUCUUUCACUCAAAGAGAGCCUGGCGAGGGCCAGUGCUCACCAGGGGACACCGGCUGCAUGCAUCCCGCUGUUGCUUUCAUUCUUGCUGGAAAGGCCCCCGCUGCUGGGACUCCACUGCAGAGUGAGCAGGAGGCAGGUAGCAGCGGGCACCCCCUCAUCAGGGGUCAACCACUCUCCUGCCCUGGAGGGUGCAUGCCAGUGGAAGCCCUAUGGGGGUCUGGGGAGGGCAUGGGCUCUUCCUGGCCCCUGCUGCUGGCUGCUGUGGUGGCUGGAGCCGGGUGGGCAGAAUAAUUAUGCCUUACAUAAGUGGGAGGCUGGAUCCCUGACAACUGCCCAACCACUGUGAGUAACUCAGGAGGCACUCGCCGGGGGAGGCAUCUGAAGAGGGACUUCACUGCACAGACCUCGUGGAGCUUGGGAACCGGGAAAUCAGACACUUCUCCACUCUGGAGAGCUCGGGGAGGGGAAAAUCCAAGAGGAAGAAGGAUCUGAGGAUAUCCUGCAUGUCCAAGCCGCCCACACCCAACCCCACACCCCCCCGGAACCUGGACUCCCGGACCUUCAUCACCAUUGGAGACAGAAACUUUGAGGUGGAGGCUGAUGACUUGGUGACCAUCUCAGAACUGGGGCGUGGAGCCUAUGGGGUGGUGGAGAAGGUGCGGCAUGCCCAGAGCGGCACCAUCAUGGCCGUGAAGCGGAUCCGGGCCACCGUGAACUCACAGGAGCAGAAGCGGCUGCUCAUGGACCUGGACAUCAACAUGCGCACGGUCGACUGCUUCUACACCGUCACCUUCUAUGGGGCACUAUUCCGAGAGGGAGACGUGUGGAUCUGCAUGGAGCUCAUGGACACAUCCCUGGACAAGUUCUACCGGAAGGUGCUGGAGAAAGGCAUGACAAUUCCAGAGGACAUCCUCGGGGAGAUUGCUGUGUCUAUCGUGCGGGCCCUGGAGCAUCUGCACAGCAAGCUGUCGGUGAUCCACAGAGAUGUGAAGCCCUCCAAUGUCCUUAUCAACAAGGAGGGCCAUGUGAAAAUGUGCGACUUUGGCAUCAGUGGCUACUUGGUGGACUCUGUGGCCAAGACGAUGGAUGCCGGCUGCAAGCCCUACAUGGCUCCUGAGAGGAUCAACCCGGAGCUGAACCAGAAGGGCUACAAUGUCAAGUCCGACGUCUGGAGCCUGGGCAUCACCAUGAUUGAGAUGGCCAUCCUACGAUUCCCUUACGAGUCCUGGGGGACCCCGUUUCAGCAGCUGAAGCAGGUGGUGGAGGAGCCGUCCCCCCAGCUCCCAGCUGACCGUUUCUCCCCCGAGUUUGUGGACUUCACUGCGCAGUGCCUGAGGAAGAACCCCGCAGAGCGAAUGAGCUACCUGGAGCUGAUGGUGCACCCCUUCUUCACUUUGCACAAAACCAAGAAGACGGACAUUGCUGCCUUCGUGAAGGAGAUCCUGGGAGAAGACUCAUAGGGCCUGGGCCUUGGACCCCACUCCGGCCCUCCUGAGCCCCACAGCCCCAUCUGCAGGGGCAGUGCGCACCUGCACCAUAAGCUACUGCCAUCCUGGCCCAGGGCAUCCAGGAGGAACUGAGGGGGUUGCUCCCACUUGGCUCUGCAGCCAGCCAUUUGUCCCAAGUGCCAAAAAAGCAGACCACCGGGACCUCCAGCCAGGCCCUUAUCGGCCCCGAAGUGCCUCUCUCUCCCUGCUGCUCUGAGGACCGUCUCCAGUUGCUGAGACCCUGGACUGCUGGGGCCUGGACGCCCCUUUGGAUGCUGCUGCCCCUUGCACAGCAGGUGCCUUGCCCAGCCUGGAUGCCACCCAAGUUGUAUAUUUUUUUACUCUCCUGACUGAAUGGACUUUGCACACUUUGGCCCAGGGUGGCCACACCUCUAUCCCAGCUUUGGUGCGGGGUCCACAAGUGGGGAUGAGCUAUGUGAAUCCCCCAAGAAUCCCAUGGGGGAGAGGCCAUGAGCCGCCCAAGGCCUUCCCCUGGCACAGGCGAACAGGGCCUCUUCAGAGCACACUGGGACACCCAGUCCUGCCUGCCACCUUUACUGGUGUCAUUUCACCUGUUUAUUUUUUUUAAUUUAUCUUCCAUUGUUUUUUUCUUUUGCUUUCUGGGUUUGGCUUGUUUUUCUUGCAUGGUUUGGAGCUGAUCACUUCUCCCCCAUCCCCUAAGGCACCAGCAGGCAGAGCCUCACCCUCUGCUCCAGCUGGGGUCUAGUGGGAGGGGCCCAAGUCUCUGCUCAGAGAAGUGUAGGGGGAGCCUUCCAGCUCACUCCUUGAGGACCGGCUCCAUAGGGGCUAUGGAUUUGCUUUGGUGGUGUUUUAAAAAAAGAAAAUAUAUUUUUUUGAAAAAAGGACUGCCCAUCCUGGGUCCUUUCCUGAUGGGUUGGGGCAGGUACCUGGUUGCUGUUUUAAUUAAAAAAAGAUAAGGACUAAA